UGCUCGACUUCGGCUACUUUUGUUUUACUGUUUUCUAAUAUGUUAACUGAUCAGCCAGCUAUCAUGAAAGUACGGAUUUUUUAAGUCUGGAGAAAAACUCAAAGUAUCUUUAGUUCAGUAUAGACGGGACCAAAGUUACUGUGGUAAAACUGUAAAACUGUUUAAACUUUGCUCCGAUAACUCAGCACCUUAUGGUGCGGCUGCAGGCACCGAGUCAUGGAUGUUCCCCGGGCCGUUUUCCCAAACGAUGAGGGGCGGCCGAGCCUCGGAGAUCAUGCCUGGAUUGAGUCUUCCACUGGGAGGUCUUGGGCUCAUUCUGCUCCAGUAUGCUCACGGUCGUUCUGGACCGCAGUGUUCGAUUAUGAUGCGAGUGGAGAGGACGAGCUCAGCUUACGACGUGGGGAUAUAGUGGAGGUCCUGUCUAAAGAUGCGGCAAUCUCUGGGGACGAAGGCUGGUGGACCGGUAAAAUUAACCACCGGGUCGGAAUCUUUCCCUCAAAUUAUGUUACAUAUCAACCAGCCAUUUACAGACUUCCCUCCGGUGGCUCGGUCAGUGUUCGUGAGAAGGUUCCUUCAGCCCCAGUGCAAAUACCUUUCAGCGAACUUGUUCUAGAAGAAAUUAUCGGGGUUGGUGGUUUCGGUAAAGUUUACCGUGGAACAUGGAAAGACCAAGAGGUCGCAGUGAAAGCAGCACGACAAGACCCCGAUGAAGACAUCAAAGCAACUGCGGACAGUGUUAAACAAGAAGCUAAACUUUUUUCCAUGCUUCAGCACCCUAACAUAAUUAAACUUGAAGGAGUGUGUUUAGAGGAACCGAACUUGUGUCUGGUGAUGGAGUAUGCACGGGGUGGGACCCUAAAUCGUGCCUUAACGGGUAGGAGGAUACCACCCCAUAUACUGGUUAAUUGGGCCGUCCAGAUUGCCAGAGGGAUGCAUUACCUUCACGAAGAAGCCGUUGUUUCCAUUAUUCACCGUGACCUGAAAUCUAGUAACAUUUUAUUACUUGAAAAGAUUGAGAAUGAUGACAUUGGGAGGAAGACUUUGAAGAUCACAGACUUUGGCCUUGCUCGUGAGUGGCACAAGACAACCAAGAUGAGUGCUGCAGGUACAUACUCUUGGAUGGCCCCUGAAGUCAUCAAGUCUUCCCUAUUCUCCAAAGGCAGCGAUAUCUGGAGUUAUGGUGUACUCCUUUGGGAGUUGCUGACAGGAGAAGUUCCCUACCGUGGUAUCGAUGGACUGGCAGUAGCCUACGGAGUGGCUGUCAACAAAUUAACCCUUCCCAUUCCAUCCACAUGUCCUGAACCCUUUGCCAAGCUCAUGGAAGACUGUUGGGAGCAGGACCCCCACAUCAGGCCGUCUUUUGCCGCCAUCCUGGAGCAGCUGACAGCUAUCGAAGAAGCCGUAAUGGCAACCAUGCCCCAAGACUCAUUCCACUCAAUGCAAGAGGACUGGAGAGUGGAAAUCCAGGAGAUGUUUGAUGAACUCCGUACAAAAGAGAAGGAGCUGCGCUCUCGUGAGGAGGAGCUGACGCGAGCUGCCCUCCAACAGAAGUUGCACGAGGAGUUACUGAAGAGGCGUGAGCAACAGCUGGCCGAGCGUGAGAUCAACGUGCUGGAGCGGGAACUCAACAUCCUCAUCUUCCAGCUCAACAAAGACAAGCCGAACGUCAAGAAGAGGAAGGGCAAGUUCAAACGCAGCCGCCUCAAACUCAAGGAUGGCAACCGCAUCAGCCUGCCGUCAGAUUUUCAACACAAAAUCACAGUGCAGGCUUCACCCUCGAUGGAUAAGAGGAGGAGUUUAAACUGCACUAGCUCCAGUCCUCCAAGUAGCCCCACCCUCAUUCCGCGUCUCCGAGCCAUUCAACUAACUCUAGACGAGAGCAACAGGACGUGGGGAAGGAGCACCAUUUACAAGCCUGAGGACUUUGAGGACGUCAAAAAGGGCUUUAAGAAGAAGGGUCGCACGUGGGGUCCAAGUUCUGUCCAGACGAAAGAGAGAGGAAACUGUGCCGAAAGGGUACGACCACUCUCAGAUGGGAACAAUCCUUGGUCCACAAGUCUGAUGAAGACACAGAAGUCUGUUCCUCUGGCAGCAUUGUUUGCAGACCAGGGGACGUGUAAAGAUGACAUGUGCUCAGCCGACGGUACGGACAACAAGCCAAAGCAACUCAAAUUCCCCAAUCAGGUCUACAUUGAUCUACCUCUGUGGAAGGAUGAGCAAGGAGAGGGCCCAGGGGGUGGUGAGAGUCAGGACGACCCCACCACCUCCACCAGCUCCACCAGCACCACUCCCCAGCUCACCCCAACCAACAGUCUGAAGCGGGCGACCGUGAGACGGCGAACCGACUCCGUGCUCUGUAGCUGUGCCUCACUCCUGGCGUCCAUUGGGCUGGGUUUUGACCUCUGGGAGGCGCACAAAGCUUCAGCUGGCGAGGAGACGGAGCCGCGGGAGGAGAAGAAGAAGCGCGAGGGCCUCUUCCAGCGCGCCACUCGAUUCCGUCGCAGCACCAGCCCUCCCGGUGGUCGCUCCCGUAAGGACGAGGCGUCGCCCCACGUGCCAGGACCGGUCAGCCUGCUCUCCAUGUCGUCCAUCUCCGAGUGCAACUCCACGAAGUGCCUCCUGCAGUCCGAUUCGGACGGGCCGGACCACAGCCCUGUCAAAGAGUCGCCGCCGGUUACCUUUGACAGCAUCAGGACUCACCAAGGCGUCCAGAGCCCAGUCAUGCCCCAGAGCAGCCGGAUCCUCGGUAAGGCCGACGCCCUCCCGCCACCCCCAGCGUCAGACCAUGGCUCCACUUCCCGCCUCAGGAGGAAGAAGUCAAGUCCAGCGAUCUGUCAAAAUACUAAUGGGAGCUCCUGCUCUCAGACCUCCCCUGCUGAAGCACUAUCCCUCUCCUCCUCACUGAAGAAGAAACCCAGCAGAGAGUCAUCUCAAGAGAAGCAGGCCCCCACAGAUGCGGUAUCUAGACCCAGGCCCCUUUCCUUGAGGGGCAAGUCCCACUCAUGGGGCCUCUUGAGAGGUCGCAAUAAGAGCUAUUCCUUGGGGCACUACUCUGGAGAGAAAAGUGCCCAGGAUCUAAACAUUGUCCUCUCGUCUGAGGUCAAAGUGGGUUGCUCUCUGCUGGACAUGGACACAGAGGCUCAGAAACGCGAUUGCACUGUGCCCCUCUGUCGAAUUCAGAGCACCCCAAGUCGUCCAUCUGUCUUUGAACUGGAAAAAGAGUUUUUGUCCUGAAAUAAGCUGCCUUUGUUUUAUUUUUUGGGGGUUUUUUUUGUAAUACCCAGGAGUUCUGGUGCGCAAAUUCCACUUGAGUCAGUUUGUGUGGCACAUCUAGAUAUCCUGGGGGGUUUUUUUGUUUGGUUUUUUUAAGCUGAAUUCAGGCCACUGCUGCUGGAGUUAACCUGU